GAAAUCACUGUUUCCAGAGUAAAUAUGUCUUCAAAACUACUAUCUUUGAAAAAUCUUCUUAAGCCUCUUAAUCAAAUUGUAAAACAAACACCGUUGCUCGAAAACAGUGCAGCGUCUAACUUUAAAACAAACUUUAGCACUUCACCCGUAGCCUGUGUGAACUUCUUUAACAAAUUGCCAGCUGAGAAGCUAUGGAAAUCCGUAACGUCAGUAAGUAAUCCUGGCGCAAAAAAAGGUCGUGGUAAGGGCGCAGGACGGAUCAGAAUACGCGAUCUUAAUCGUGGUCAAGUUAUUGGCGUCGGUAAAAUCAAUAUGCUGUGGCCAGGGCUCUCUGCGCCAGUUAUUAGAGGUCGUGAACUCCUGAAACAACAGAAAUUACCUGAUGAUCCAGAACGAAUGGAAAAACUAAUCAAACUCAGAGAUUCAAUGACAAAGUUCAGAAGAUUGAAACUCAGCCCCAUUGAGAGAGGGUGGUCGGGCACUAAAAUGCCCGGCCGCAGUAUUGGUGCACCAGAUCCUGUUGGAGAAGAUGAGUUUACUGGUUUUGACACAAAAGUAUUGCAACUGAGGUCUUUACUCAUUAUGAAAGGCAGUCUCGGACGUACAAGGAACUAUCAAGCCAUGGUGGUGACUGGUAAUGGGCAAGGUCUAGCUGGAUUUGGUCUUGGAAAAGCUAAGGAGGCCACAGCAGCUUUAAGGAAGGCCAAGAACAGAGCUGGGCAGAAGCUGAUGCACUUUGAAAUCUACAAUGAUCACACAGUAUUCCACGACUUCUUCACAGCAUUUGGAAAGACAAAGUUAUUUGUCCAGAAGAAGAAUGAAGGCUUUGGUUUGAAGUGCCAUAGGGCCAUUAAAGAAAUCUGUGUGGCACUAGGUAUUAAAGACAUAAGAGUCAAGUUAGAGGGAUCUAAUAAUUUGCAACAUAUUGUUAAAGCAUUUUUCAUUGGGCUAUUACAGCAGAGAACACAUCAGCAACUAGCUGAAGAGAAGAAAUUGCACUUAGUUGAAUACAGAGCCGAAAAUGCAUAUUAUCCGAAAGUUGUUGCCAGUCCCAGUGUAGUUCGAACAAAAGACGAAAUCCCGAAAGAUGAAACUCUAGAUUUCACUCAGUACGUGAUGAACGACCGCGUGAUAUUAAAAAAGAAAAGAUGGCCACGAUUCUAUGAAUCCAUGCCGCAUUAUCAACUUUACCUGAAAAAAUAUGAAAGGCACAGGAAUCAUAACAAAAUACGUUUGAAUUUAAUGGUUGAACACGGUACUGUGAAGAGUUUUUUGACUGAUAAAUAUCCUGAAGAAAUAACUGAAGCUGAGGCCUAAAUAGUUGUUUAGUGUACAUGUUUAGCGUUAUAAUUAAUUAAAAUUAUUUCGCGUUCUAUUAUACUCUGUUUUUUUAAGUAUGAGUGUGAUAUACUUGUGAUCAAACUAACCGAGUAAAUGUGUAAGAAGCAAACGAUCGAUAAUAAUGUAUAAUAAUAAAUAAAAAUACGAAUAGUUUUAACCGAAGU